AUGCCGCGCGACUGCUAUCCAUUAUGCGCCGAAAAACGCGAUUUUAUGGAGGUGCGUCCUGCAAAAAACGCCUCCGAUUUCUAUCGCGACUACGAUCCGACAGUCGGCGUCGGAACGGCUCUCGUUCUUCUGCUUUUCUUCAUUUCGGUCACAAUCAAUGGAUUCAUUCGUUGCAUGAUUCGCAAAUAUCGAAUGCAUCGUUUCUAUAAAAAUCUACGCGAAACUGAACGACAAAAAGCGGCCGAGGAGAAUGUCGUCGAAGUGGUCGUCGAACAACCGACAGCAUCCUGA